GGAAUGCUACAUCUAGUAACCAAGAACUAGCAAGUUAUUUUGAGUGUCCAGUUUGUUUUGAUUAUGCUCUACCUCCAAUAAUGCAGUGUCAAAGUGGUCAUAUUGUAUGCCAGAGCUGCCGACAGAAACUAACCAUGUGUCCAACAUGUAGAGGUCCUCUAGGUAAUAUAAGAAAUUUAGCCAUGGAGAAGGUGGCUGCAACAGUAAACUUUCCAUGUAAAUAUGCCAAUAAUGGCUGUCAAACCACACUACUUCACUCAGAAAAACCAGAACAUGAGGAAACUUGUGAAUAUAGGCCAUAUUGUUGCCCAUGUCCUGGGGCAUCAUGUAAAUGGCAGGGAGGUUUAGAACAAGUGAUGCCUCACCUCAUGUCUUCACAUAAAAGUAUUACAACAUUACAAGGAGAGGACAUAGUGUUCCUUGCUACAGAUAUCAAUCUACCAGGAGCAGUAGACUGGGUGAUGAUGCAGUCAUUUUUUGGUCAUAAUUUUAUGCUAGUCUUGGAGAAGCAGGAGAAAAUGGAGGGACAACACAUGUUCUAUGCUAUAGUUCAACUAAUAGGAACCAAAAAACAGGCUGAAAAUUUGCCUAUAGGUAUUUCUUUAUUGGAAUUAAAUGGUCACAGGCGUCGACUUACAUGGGAGGCAACGCCACGCAGUAUACAUGAUGGUGUGCAGUCAGCUAUAAGUGCCAGUGACUGUCUUGUGUUUGACACUAAUAUAGCGCAAUUAUUCGCUGACCACGGGAACUUAGGAAUAAAUGUUACAAUAUCUAUGUGCUAA